AGCCGGGGCCCUCGGCCUCGCUGGGCCGGCUGCUGGCCUGCGUGAGGCCCGACCUGCUGCGCUUCGUGGCCGUCGCGGGGUUCCUGGUGCUCUCCUCGCUCGGGGAGAUGGCGAUCCCCUACUACACAGGGCGCAUGACUGACUGGAUCGUGAGCGAGGACGACCCCUCGGCCUUCGUCCGGGCCAUCUGGGCCAGGUCCCUCAUCACAGUCGGCAGCGCAGUGACAGAGUUUGUGUCCGACUGUCUCUAUAACGGCACCAUGAACCGGAUUCACAUGCGAAUCCAGAGCCGGGUCUUCAGCUCCGUCCUGCGCCAGGAGAUCGGCUUCUUCCACACCAACCGCACCGGGGACGUCACGUCGCGGGUGACGGCCGACACGGACGCCAUGAGCGAGGCGCUGAGCGAGAAGCUGAACCUGCUGAUGUGGUACGGGAUGCGGGGAGUCUUCCUCUUCGGCCUCAUGCUGCAGGUGUCGCUGCGCCUGGCGCUCCUCACUGCCGUGGGGCUGCCCCUCGUCCUGCUGGUGCCCAAGCUCUCCGGGAAAUUCCACCAGAGCCUGGCACAGCGGGUGCAGGAGUCCCUGGCCAAGGCCAACGAGGUGGCGGUGGAGACCUUCCAGGCCAUGCCCACGGUGCGCAGCUUCGCCAACGAGGAGGGGGCCGCCCGGCGCUACGGGCAGCGGCUGCAGGAGACCUACCGGCUCAACCAGCAGGAGGCAGCCGCCUACGCCGCCUCCAUGUGGACCAACAGCCUGUCGGGGCUGGCGCUGAAGGUGGGGAUCCUGUACUACGGGGGGCGGCUGGUCACCGCCGGGGCCGUCAGCACCGGGCACCUGGUCACCUUUGUCCUCUACGAGAUGCAGUUCACCACGGCCGUGGAGGUGCUGCUCUCCGUCUACCCCAGCGUGCAGAAGGCCGUGGGCUCCUCAGAGAAGAUCUUUGAGUACAUGGAGCGGACGCCCCGGAUCAGCCCCCCCGGGACGCUGGCCCCCCCUGCCCUGCGCGGGCACCUCCAGGUGCAGGACGUCUGGUUCUCCUACCCCGGCCGGGACGACACCCCCGUGCUCAAGGGGGUGUCUCUGGAGCUGCGCCCCGGGGAGGUGACGGCACUGGUGGGCCCGUCGGGCGCAGGGAAGACGGCGCUGGUGGCCCUGCUGGAGCGUUUCUACGAGCCCCAGCGCGGCCUGCUGCUGGACGGGCGGGACCUGCAGGAGUACGAGCACCAUUACCUGCACAGCAAGGUGGCGCUGGUGAGCCAGAAGCCGGUGCUGUUCGCCCGCUCGCUGCACGAGAACAUCGCCUACGGGCUGGGGGGGCGCAGCCGCCAGGAGGUGACGGGGGCUGCCCAGCGCGCCAACGCCCACGGCUUCAUCGCCCAGCUCAGCCACGGCUAUGACACAGAUGUUGGGGAGAUGGGGGGGCAGAUCUCGGGGGGGCAGAGGCAGGGGGUGGCCAUCGCCCGAGCCCUGCUCCGGGACCCCCGAGUGCUGAUCCUGGAUGACGCCACCAGCGCCCUGGAUACGGAGAGUCAGCUGCGGGUGGAGAAGGAGAUUUAUGAGGGCGCCCGGGCCGGGCGCUCGGUGCUGCUCAUCGCCCAUCGCCUGAGCGCCGUGGAGCGAGCCGACCGCAUCCUGGUGCUGGAGGACGGGGAGAUCCGCGAGCAGGGCACCCACCGGGAGCUGCUGGCGCGCCGGGGCAGCUACUGGCGCCUGGCGCAGAAACAGCUCAACGGGGACCAGGGGGGCGGCUCCGAGGAGGGGCUGGGGGCUGGGGGGCCUGGGGCAGGGCUGGAGAGCCCCCUCACCAUCUCCCAGCCGGCCCAGUUCCUGCAGACGUACUCGGAGGAGGGCCGGGACCGGGUGCGGAUCCAGCUGGCCCACGGCACCACCACCCUGGCCUUCAAAUUCCAGCACGGGGUCGUCGUGGCUGUUGACUCCCGGGCAUCGGCCGGCAGCUACAUCGCCUCCCUGGAGGCCAACAAGGUGAUCGAGAUCAACCCCUACCUGCUGGGCACCAUGUCGGGCAGCGCCGCCGACUGCCAGUACUGGGAGCGGCUCCUCGCCAAGCACUGCAGGCUGUACCAGCUGCGGAACAAGGAGCGGAUCAGCGUCUCGGCCGCCUCCAAGCUGCUGUCGAACAUGAUGUGCGAGUACCGGGGCAUGGGGCUGUCCAUGGGCAGCAUGAUCUGCGGCUGGGACAAGAAGGGCCCCGGCCUGUACUACGUGGACCAUAAUGGCACCCGUCUCUCCGGCUCCAUGUUCUCCACGGGCUGCGGGAACAGCUACGCCUACGGGGUGAUGGACAGCGGGUACCGGCCCGACCUGAGCGUGGAGGAGGCCUACGACCUGGGGCGCCGCGCCAUCGCCCAGGCCACCCACCGCGACGCCUACUCCGGGGGCGUCGUCAACAUGUAUCACAUGAAGGAGGCCGGCUGGAUCAAGGUGGAAAAGACCGACGUCAGCCAAUUGAUCCACGAGUACCUGGCGGCCAGGAAAUUGGGGUACGGCAUCGGGGGUCACCCAGUGCUGUGGGCCCCCAGCCCCCCUGCCUUGUAUAACGCCCCUCAUUCUUUCUGCAGACUAGUCUCCACCAUGCCGCUGCCCCUCACCCUGCGUCUGGGCUGCCCCCUGCUGCUCUGCGACCUGGCCCUGCUGGCCCUGCUGGGCUGGGGCGUCCCCGCGCUGGCCCCCCUGGGGCUGCCGGCCACCUGGCUGGAGGCUGCUGUGCGUUUCCUGGGGCUCUGGGGGGCCUGGGGGCUGCUGGCCCCGGAUCGGCCCCGCCUGCCCCCCCCCAGGGCCCUGGCUGCCCUGUGCCUGCUGCCCCCCCUGUACCUCACCCUGCGGCGCUGCCUGCCCCUGCCCGACGUGCCCCCCGCCCUGCUGGCCGGCGCCCCCUGGGCCUGGCUGCUGCUGAGCUAUGGGGCCGUGGGGCUGGCCCAGCUCACCUGGGGGGCCCUGGGGCAGGGGGACAGGGCUGGGGGGCCUGGUGCUGAGGACACGGAGCGGGAGUCCAGGGCCACCCUGCGCCGGCUGGUGGGACUGUCCCGGCCCGACGUGCCCUUCCUGUCCGGGGCCUUCGUCUUCCUCGCCCUGGCUGUGAUCGGCGAGACGUUCAUCCCCUACUACACGGGACGUGUCAUCGACAUCCUGGGCAGCGCCUAUGACCCGGAUACCUUCUCCACCGCUAUCGGCCUCAUGUGCCUGGCCUCCUUCGGCAGCUCCCUGGCCGCCGGCUGCCGGGGGGGGCUCUUCAUGUUCACGUUCUCCCGUCUCAACAUCCGCACCCGGUGCCAGCUCUUCUCCUCCCUGGUGCGCCAGGACCUGGCCUUCUUCCAGCAGGUCAAAACAGGGGAGCUGACCUCGCGCCUCUCCACGGAUGCGGCCAUGAUGAGCCGCUCGGUGCCGGCCAACGCCAACAUCUUCCUGCGCAGCCUGGUGAAGGCGCUGGGGCUGUACGGCUUCAUGCUGGGGCUGUCCUGGCGCCUGACGCUGCUCACGCUGCUCGAGACGCCCCUCACCAUGGCCGCCCAGAGCCUCUACGACGCCCGACGCCAGGCCGUGCUGAGGGCGAUCCAGGACUCCCUGGCGCGCUCUGGCGAGGUCGUGCGCGAGUCGGUCUCCUCCAUCGAGACCGUGCGCAGCUUCGCCACCGAGGAGGAGGAGUCGCGGCGCUACGAGGCGGCGCUGGCCGAGACCCACCGGCUGAAGAACCGCCGCGACCUGGAGAGGGCGCUCUACCUGCUCUUCCGCCGGCUGCUGCAGCUGGCCGUGCAGGUGCUGAUGCUGUACUGCGGGCACCAGCAGAUCCGCGCCGGGCUCCUGACCAAGGGUGGCCUGGUCUCCUUCAUCCUCUACCAGGGGGACGUGGGCAGCUACGUGCAGACCCUGGUGUACAUGUACGGGGACCUGCUGAGCAACGUGGGGGCGGCGGAGAAGGUGUUCGAGUACCUGGACCGGGAGCCGGCCGUGCGCACCGACGGGACGCGGGCGCCGGAGUCGCUGCAGGGACACGUCUCCUUCCGCGACAUCUCCUUCGCCUACCCCUCCCGCCCGGACCGCCAGGUCCUAAAGGCCGUGUCCUUCGAGCUGCGCCCCGGGGAGGUGACGGCGCUGGUGGGGCUGAACGGCAGCGGGAAGAGCACGUGCGUGGGGCUGCUGGAGCGGUUCUACGAGCCCCAGGCCGGGGAGAUCCUGCUGGACGGGGCCCCGCUCCGGGAGUACGAGCACCGGUACCUGCACCGCCAGGUGGCCCUGGUGGGGCAGGAGCCCGUCCUCUUCUCCGGCUCCAUCCGGGAGAACAUCGCCUACGGGCUGGGGGGCUGCGGGGAGGAGCAGGUCACCAGGGCGGCCAGAGCGGCCCAGGCCUCUGGCUUCAUCGCGGAGCUGGACAGCGGCUUUGAGACAGACGUGGGGGAGAAGGGCGGGCAGCUCUCGGCAGGGCAGAAGCAGCGGAUCGCCAUCGCCCGGGCGCUGAUCCGCCAGCCGGCCGUGCUGAUCCUGGACGAAGCCACCAGCGCGCUGGACGCGGAGAGCGAAUGCGCGAUCCGCCAGUCGGUGCUGAGCCGGGGGCCCCGGACGGUGCUGGUGAUCGCCCACCGCAUGCAGACGGUGGAGAACGCCGACCGGAUCGUGGUGCUGGAGGGCGGGGCCGUGGCCGAGGAGGGGACGCACGCCGAGCUGAUGGGGCACAAGGGGCCCUACUACAGACUGGUGCAGAGAGACCUGGCCGAGUAAUCCCCCGCCCCGCCCUGGGGAAGAGCCCAGCACCAGCCUUACGGCCCAUCCCCUCCUCCCCCCGGCCCAGGGUGACAUGGACCAUCCUGACAGCGGCUGAUUAGUGUGUGAUGUCGGGUCACUGGUUUAUCGCCUGCGUUGGGGUGUCGGUUCUGCGCAGGGAGUCCCGGGGGGGCAGGCGUGUUCGACUGGCUGAGCGCGAGAAGAGUGUUUUGUAAGAUACAUUAAAGAGGCGACACAUCCGACUGGCGUCUGUGACGGUCUCUGGCUGGAAACGCCGUCGCUGGUCUCCUGGGCCAGCCCCGGGCUGCAGCGUUCGCUCGAUGGAACCGUCCGUGGCUGUAACGCCCCACGGAACCAGUCGUGUUUAACGAAGAACGUGGCCUCCCCGUCAGGCUAGUGCUCGGUGACCCGCCCGGAGAGCUGGGAAUUGCGGGUCAGUGCGUGGCUGGGGCUUGGCCCGGGCAGUGCCAGCGCACGGCUGCGGAGAGCCAGCAGGAGGCGCUCCAGGCUCCGAGCACGUGGGUCUGUCAGCACCGGGGCCGGGGUCACUCCGGUUUCUAUCCCAGGCUGGCGGAGCAGAGCUGACCCUGGGGA